CAGCCGCCGUCGCCUCUCUGCGCAUGGCUGUCCCGGCGGCCGCCUGACCGCCGCCCACCUUCCCCCACGGCCGCGGUCUCACAGUCCUGUGGGAGCUUGCGGACAUCGUGGGCCCGACGGGGCGCGGUGGGCGGCGUGGACCCUGCAGGGCGGGUGGCGUGAGGUGUGGCUCGGGGGGGCGGCGAGCUGCGGGCGGCCCGGCCAGGGUCCUCGCGGGUCCUCGGCGGGCCCGGGGGAGGGCCCUCUUUGUGGCUGCAGUUGGCAAGAUGGCGCCGGUGGGGGUGGAGAAGAAGCUGCUGCUGGGCCCGAACGGGCCCGCGGUGGCGGCCGCCGGCGACCUAACCAGUGAGGAGGAAGAGGGCCAGAGCCUAUGGUCCUCGAUCCUGAGCGAGGUGUCCACCCGCGCUAGGUCCAAGCUGCCGUCCGGCAAGAACAUCUUGGUCUUCGGUGAAGAUGGCUCUGGGAAAACAACCCUCAUGACUAAACUUCAAGGAGCUGAGCAUGGCAAAAAAGGAAGAGGCCUAGAGUAUCUCUACCUCAGCGUCCAUGAUGAGGACCGAGAUGAUCACACACGCUGCAAUGUGUGGAUUCUGGAUGGAGACCUAUACCACAAAGGCUUGCUGAAGUUUGCAGUUUCCGCUGAAUCCUUGCCAGAGACCUUGGUCAUUUUUGUCGCAGACAUGUCUAGGCCUUGGACCGUGAUGGAAUCUCUACAGAAAUGGGCUAGUGUUUUACGUGAGCACAUUGAUAAAAUGAAAAUUCCACCAGAAGAAAUGAGGGAACUGGAACGGAAGUUUGUGAAAGAUUUUCAAGACUAUGUUGAGCCUGAAGAAGGUUGUCAAGGUUCCCCACAGAGAAGAGGACCUUUGACAUCAGGUCCUGAUGAAGAAAAUGUUGCCUUGCCUCUUGGUGACAAUAUGCUGACUCAUAACCUGGGAAUCCCAGUGUUGGUGGUAUGCACAAAGUGUGAUGCGGUGAGUGUCCUGGAGAAGGAGCAUGAUUACAGGGACGAGCACUUUGACUUCAUCCAGUCACACCUACGGAGGUUCUGCCUCCAGUAUGGAGCAGCCUUGAUUUACACAUCAGUGAAGGAGGAGAAAAACCUCGACUUAUUGUAUAAGUACAUUGUUCAUAAAACGUAUGGCUUCCACUUUAUCACACCUGCCUUAGUUGUGGAAAAGGAUGCAGUUUUUAUACCUGCAGGUUGGGACAAUGAAAAGAAAAUAGCAAUUUUACAUGAAAAUUUCACAACUGUGAAGCCAGAAGAUGCAUAUGAAGAUUUUAUUGUGAAACCACCUGUGAGAAAGCUAGUCCAUGACAAAGAGUUGGCAGCGGAGGAUGAGCAGGUGUUCCUAAUGAAACAACAGUCACUCCUUGCCAAGCAGCCAGCCACGCCUACGAGAGCCUCUGAAUCCCCUGCAAGAGGACCCUCUGGCUCCCCAAGAACUCAGGGCCGGGGAGGGCCAGCCAGUGUACCUAGCGCCUCCCCAGGCACAUCAGUAAAGAAGCCGGACCCCAACAUCAAAAAUAAUGCCGCAAGUGAAGGUGUGUUGGCCAGCUUCUUCAACAGCCUGCUGAGUAAAAAAACAGGUUCUCCUGGCAGUCCUGGUGCUAGUGGUGUGCAGAGCACAGCCAAGAAGUCAGGACAAAAGACUGUGUUGACAAAUGUUCAGGAAGAACUGGAUAGAAUGACUCGAAAACCAGACUCCAUGGUAACAAACUCUUCAACAGAAAAUGAAGCCUGAUCCUCCUUAAAAAGUGCAUAUGUAAAAUGACCAAAUAACUAUGUAUAUUGAUCUGCUAAGACAAGGAUUUUUCUGAUAUGGCACAUGCUAUCAGUUUUUUGGGGCAGGGGAGAUGAACUUAAAAAAUACUUCAUUGACUCGUCCGAGUAUGAAAUGCACAUUUAGGAAGGUUACGUGUCAGACCCCUUUGUUAAGGAUAACCCUUGGACUCUCAGGCAUGCGGCUCUCCCGUGGGAAGCAAGUGCAGCUGGGCUUCUUGUGGAAGGGAAGGUCGAUGAGAGGAAGAAGGCCUGCUUUCUUUCAGGGUGGAGCAAAUGAGACCAGGAAAUCAUUGAUCAGAGGGUGCUUAGUCUGACCAGUUGCGUGUUAGCAAAUUCACUUGUUCUUGGGAAGCAGAUUAAGUAGCAGCAAAUCCAGGAAAGAGAAAGGCUGAAAGGAGGAAUGAGAGAAGUGAUGGUGGGGAAGCCGAAUGUUGAAGGAGAUGAGGAAGGCAGAGAUGAGCAGUGUGAGUAAAUACUGUGUGGUCAGUAGAAAGUCGAGUAAUCAUUUUUAAGGCUUAAAAUCAGAAACAUUUCCAGACUAAACACUAAGAAAAAUGGGAAUUAGACUUGUUCUGAAUGCAUCUUUAACUUAAAACAGAUGUGUAGAGUGUGGGGGUGCCUGAGUCAGGUGGAGUUGACACGGGUGGGGAAGAUGGCGGCUGCCUCACAGUCACGUGUGUGGCCCAGGCCAUGUCUUGUGGGACGUGCUGGGCUCCACGGGUUUGCAUCAGGGCAGACAGUCACUGUGGGGUGUGUUUAAAGUCAGCAGUUACAAAGUUAGUUUACUUUGAAUUGUUUUCUAAAUAGCUCCUGCUUUGUUUUUUAAAUUAAAAUAAAUUUUUUUAUACUACCACAGGCUGGCCUACUAAUAGAGAAUGGGUAACCAACCUCUCAUUUUACCAUAAUGCAAUGUGCUACGCAAAGUUUGAGGGAGGUUUGUAAUGUAAUUGCACUCUGAAUUGGCUUGCACCAAUCCCUGCCUUACGGUCUGUGGAAACCUUCAUGGAGUUCCAUUGAUGCAAAAGGGUCUUGUCCUAGCUCUCUGGUCUGAUUAGUGCUAUCAGAUGGACAAAUAAGUGUGAAUGUUUUAUAUUGAAAAUGGAAAUGAUACAUUUCUCUUGUUUGUGUUUUUCAUAAAGUGUAGCUUUUUUUUUUUUUUUUUUCCUUAUGGAAAUAAGUGUUUCAGUGUUUCCAUUUAGGGCAAAUUUCAUACACAUCUUCAUGUCAUACCACCAUUCUGGAAAUGAUUUCUGUGGAUUUGAAAUGGCACUUUUAAUUUUAUACGUGACAGAACAUUUGAAUGCAAACACUACCAUUAAUAUAAUGUAUAAAACAUUUGUUGUCAAACCAAGGGAAAAAAACCACAGUUCACUUAUGUGGAGUUUACUUUUUUUUAUAUGAAUGUUUGUUGUACUGUGUCUGAGCAUAACUUCCCUAAUGUCAUUACUUUUACAUACCACAUUUGACUGACCACUAACGUAGUACUGGGCAUAACUUAAUAUCCUGUGUUAUAUAACAAGACAAGACUCUAAGACUGUCUUGAAUUGCUUUUUUUGUAAAGGUCUGAACACUGUUAAGGAGAAAGCUGAGUAUUUAGUUGCCUUUCCGACAAACAGAAACAUGUUCCUUGUGCCAGUUUUAUUGUUAAAAAUACACUUUUUCACCCCUUUUUAAAUUCAGUUUUUGUUUUUAAAUGUAUUGUGGCUUCCGAUUACUAGAUCGUCCAGAUAAUGACAGUAAACUGACUGUAUAAAGAUAGCUGUGGUGUAGUGACCAAUAAAUACAGCUGUGGCCACACUGAUGAUGGGUCCCUUAACCCCUCUCUCCACAGCAGCUGGGGUGAGGGUGGGGGCAAAUGAGUGACCUCAGAAACAAGAAAGAAUUAUUAGAAAGGCACAUGCCCUCAGGGCAUACAGUAUGAUUUCAAAUUGUAAUGCAAAAUUUUCUUUAAAAAAAAUUUUUUUUGUCAUUUAAACUGAAAAGCACUUUUGUGUCAAUAUAAAAUGAUGAAAUGCUAAGACACCUGUCUUGUGAGGGAAGGUUUCUUGGAGAUCACUUUUAGUUUCUCAUGACAAGUGGAUGCUCCUAGUAACAAGACACUGGUGCGUGUAAUUUCAUGUGCUCAGUGGUUGCCAAAGUCUACCAACUUUGGGGAGCUGCAGGGUUCUUUUGGGGGGGAGGUGGGGAGAUAUUUUUUGUUAUUUCGGGGUUUUCAAGCAGUGGAACCAAAGGCCGAACAGUAAACAGCCUUUACUUUUUAAAGUAAAACUCAUUUUAUUUGCAGAAUACACUUGUAUGGUAGACUGUUAAAGACAAUUUUAUGACUAUUUAUAUAUAAUUAUACUGGUUACAUCUGCUGUUUGUCUUUAAAAUGGAAAAAUCAAAGAAAUAAGCCCAACCUUGAAGAUAUGGCCAUAAGGGCCAUGAAUUGGUCUUUCCUAAAAAUGCAACGGGUAUGCUGCUAGAAUUAUUUAAUUUUGUUUGCACUUUUUUUUUUUUUUUUGGAUUGGCAUUUUAAAAUCACUAUUUAAACUGAAGACUUUGUUGUUUUUUAUUAGUUUAACAAAGUUGAAAGUGACUGCUCUGUACAUCAUGACCUUAACAAUGUUGAUGCUGUAAGUGAAAGUUCACUGUCAUCUCUAUACUAAGUUUAUUGGUGUUUUUAACUUAAAAUUAGGACUGCAGAUUAUUCCCCCACCAGCCUUAGUCCAGGGGUGUGGCUCUAGCCGGAUGCAGUUAUGCAGUCAUGUGGAACCUUGCUUUCUAGUGCUGGAAGAGAAGAUGUCUCUAAUUACUGGCUUCAAUAAACACGAAUCCAGACUGCUUACAA